AUGCCGCAUACAGAAGGCUUAAAACUCAGUUCUCUGUACAUUUUACCUCCACCGUGCUGUAUUUGUGGUGCGGUUUCCUCUGGAUAUCAUUUUGGUGUGAUUGCUUGUAAAGCUUGUAAGUUUUUUUAAUUAAUGAUUUUUAAAAAUUUAGACAAAAUUAGUCAAAUAUUUUAGUUUUUUAUCUCUUUAAAAUUAUUUUUUAUUCUUAAGAAAUGCUUAAAUUUUUUUAUUAUUAAGAUACUUUUAGGCGCUGCCUUUUUUCGACGUUCCGUCUCAGACAAUCGAGGUUACGAUUGCCAGCAACAAAACAACUGUCCUAUAAAUGACGGUAAAAUUAAUCUUUGCCUGCAGGAGAUCUUGUGCAUAACAAAAAAAAAAUUUUUUUACGCGUACAGUACGGCUCUGGGGGGUGGUGGAUUUUGGUGCAAAUCUUUCGUAAAGAAAAUUAAAAACUAUAGGAAAAUCAAUAAACGUUGUAGGAGCCCUUUUAAUAUACUCCAAACAAUGAGAUAAACAAUUUUUUGUCUUAUCACUACCCAAUGACAGGAAAGUUCUUGAUGACUUUUGCUCACAUUUGUCUUAAGAACCGUACUGUAUUAAGGUGCAGUUUUUGUUUUGUUGUUAUAAAAUUGAUUUUUUAAAUUUUAAUAACUAACAAGGAAAGUGCCCGACCUGCCCCGCUCUGAUUGACGUCAAACUUUUUAUAAAGAAAGAUCAUGUAAAUAUAAGAUGUUCAGCAAAGUACUAAAUCGCGCUUACUAAAAAAUCUCGUGAAAACAGAGAUCAAAAAAUUAAGUUUUGAAUUUCUCGCCAAAUUGGCAUUGUCUUUCAAGCUUGUAACUUUGUCAUUUUUUGACUUUUAAUUAUUUUUCUUUGAUAUACUAGUAGAAUACGUUUGAAUGAACCUACAUUUUUAAAUUUGUAAGCGUAUCUUGUCUGGAAAGCCGAAAAAAGUGCUUGCAACAUAAUGCCAAAUUUGCCAAAUUGGCGGAAAUCCCAAAUAAUUUAAAUUUAAAACUCAAGGACGCAAGCUUAAAUUUUUUACGGGUACUAUUGGUGGUACAAAGAAUUCAUAUAAAAAUUUUGAGCUGAUUCUGAGCGGGACAGGUAGGGUAAGAAAUUAACCGUGUAAGAAAAAAAUUAUUUAUUUUUGUUUUUUUUUGAAUUUUUAUUUUUUUUGUGUUUUAGAAGAUCGUACCAUUUGUAGAAGCUGUCGUUUGAAGAAAUGUUACGAAUGUGGCAUGAUGGCGGAAAGUAAGACUUAGAAAUUUUAGUAUGUGGUAGGCUCUAUUUAUGGGCAAUUCUAUAUACAAUCAAGAAGGUAACUUUAGUGAGAAAGGGUGGGUGUAAGUGGAUAAGGGUAGACCUGGCACGAGACCCACUCGGCACCUGCGGGACUGAAUAAUAUUUAAGAAAGGUUCGCUGAAGCAAAUUUGAAAGAAGUUGGGUCAGGCCAUAUUGUUGUGCAUGCCCAAGAUCCGGAUCUAAACAAAAGUUCCGGUUUGAACCAAAUGGUAGCCAGAGGCUUAGCGCGGGAAGUGUAUAGACCCACAAGCUAGGAAAAACGCAAAAUUAGGGGUGGGGGGGGGGUGUGCUUACUUAGGGGUGGGGGGGGGGAGGGGGGGGGGUGUGUUGCUUACUUACUGGUGGGAGGGGGGGGGGUGCUUACUUUAGGUCCCGCAAUGAAAGCUUUGACAGCAUAUUAAAAAAACUUCAAAAUAAUUUUUAAAUUAAGUUCAAAAAGCUAGGCUAUAGCAAAUUUUAUUGAGGCCAAGCCAACGCCCUUUAUUCUAGCCAAAAGCCAACGUCGAAGCAGAUACCCGCCCCCGUAAGCUGGGUAGAAAAAAUUAGGUCUCAAACAGUUUUUAAACCUUUUAUUUUCAGAAGUCCAAAAACGAAAACACAAGUUUGCGUCCGCAUCCAGCACCACCUCUCGAAGUGACAGUUGUGGAACAUGUCUAUCUAGCGAAAGCUUUACAGAUUCAGAAUCGCCAGUAAUUCGAAAAAACAAACGAAUUUCGAAUGAUUCAUAUAAGAAUCGAAAAAGAGCGUCAGCAUCAGCAGUCGAUAAAAUAAUCGACGGUUUGAAGAGCUACUGGAACAGUCAGAAAGCUGCAUAUUAUAGUAGAUAUCCUGAGCUUAAAGGAGAAGAUCACGAGUUUAAGCCUUCAACUAUUGUAACACAUGUUCAAAGCCAAAUGGCAUUACUACCACUGAUGCAUCGUAUGUGUGUAGAACAUUUCGAUGGCUUUGAUGAACUGAGUGAAACUCAACAGGUAGGUAUAGUGCUUCGAAGAGUCCUAGCCCUAGGUCAAAGCAAUAGCCGGAAGCCUUAGUCCAAAGUCCUAGCCCAAGUUCCUAGCUCGAAGCCAUAGCCCGAAGUCCUAGCCCAGAGCUCUAAACCAGAGUUUUAGCCUAGAGCCCUAGCUUCAGCCCCAGUCUUAGCUUCAGCUCUAGGUUGAGCCAAAGUCCAGUCCAAUUCGUUCCAUAUCGUCCCAGCCCAGCCCAGCCUAGCUUAACCCAACUCUGUCUAAUCCUAGCCCUAACCUCAGUUCUAUCCCAGCCCCGUGUAGCUCAGCCCAGCCCAGUCCAGCACAGCCCAAUCCGUCUCAGCCUAACCUAGCCUCGCAUCUCCAGCUAAGCCCAGCCUAGUUAUAUCAGGUUAGCACAGUUCAGACUAGGGCAGCCUAUUUCAGCUCAGCAAUAGUCUUAGCCCUUGCCUUACAAUUGUUAGGCUUAGUAGGCUUAGGUUUAUUUAGCCGCUCAUGCUAUAUCAUCUCAUACCAGCCUAGCGCAAUCCAGGUCAGUCCCGCACAGUUCAGACCAAUAUUAAUUUUAGACCAAGUCCUAUUCAUAGCUAAUAGUUUCAGCUAACAAUCAUCGAAAAGAAUGAAACUUUGUUCUCUCCAUUUGAAGUGGCUUACAAUACCUCAAAAUACUUCCCAUCACUAGAAGAAACUCGCAUACUGUAUGCGUAUGAUGAUAUGGUUGAUAUCGUAAAUUAUGAAGCCUUUUUCAAGGAUGAUAAGCACAGCAAAGAGUCUAGCAAGUAAGAGCGAUUUUAAAUAGUUUCUUCUUUUGUCAUCAAUUUUACAAAAUUUGAGAUUUUUUUUUAAGUUUGCAAUUUAUUUUUGUAGGCUAUAUCUACCGUAUGCUCAAGCUAUGUUAAAGUUUGUCAAGAAGUAUAAACAACUGAAAGUGACUAAAUUUGAACUUGCUGCUAUGGCCGGAUUGCUUCUUUGGGGUGAAGGUAAGGAACAUUUUUUUAGACUUUUUUAGGUAUGGCAGGCUAAAACAGGGUGUGGCUAGACUGGGGUUAAGGUCAAGCCAUGAAUUAAUAUUUGUAGAGCAGGCCCAAAAGAGGACCGACGUCAGGCUAGAACAUAGGUUAGAAGAAGAGAAGCUUUGAGCUUUGGACUAGGAGUGCUAAGAGACUCAAGGGCGUACUGCUAAGGCUUUGGGUUAAGACCAGGACUAGAAUUGAGACUAGGCCCAGAACUAAGGACAGAUCUGUUACUGGGACUAUAGCUGGCAGGGCUCUGGGCUAGGACUCUGGGCUAGGUCUCUGGGCUAGGGCUCUGGGCUAGGGCUCUGGGCUAGGGCUCUGGGCUAGGGCUCUGGGCUAAAGCUCUGGGCUAGGGCUCUGGGCUAGGGCUCUGGGCUAGGACUCUGGGCUAGGGCUGUGACUAAGGCUACAGCUAGCGAAUAAAAUUUCAGAUUAAAAAUUUAUUUUUAGUGAAAACCACGUACGCAUUGGACAUUGCCUACAAGAUGGACGACAUCAUAACUAAGGAGCUUACCGAGUACUGUAGGAAAGAGUACGGUGAAAAUAAUUUCAGAUUUGGGCAACUACUAUUGUUAAGAAGAGAUGCUGAGGUAAGUAGAAUUUUUUAAAACUUUCAAUGUAAAAUACGCUUGUCUAUAUCUAUUGAUUGAAAUUUAAGAUAAUUGGAGCAAAACUGAACGAAAACUAUAUUAUAAGUUCAAUUGAAAACAAGCACUAUGCUGAUUACAACAAACUGCGCCAUUCUUUUUACAACAUGAAGUUGGAAGAAACUUCUUAA